AUUUGUUGCCUUCGUUAUUUGGAUUGGUUAGGUUUAGUCAGUAGGCGUGAGAUUGGUUAGAGUUAGGGUAAGAAUAUCAGGGUAAGCCAAUCAGAGGCAGAGUAUUGCAGGACAUGCCUUUCCAUCCUAGGUUUUGUGUCCUGGGGCACGUUCAGUCUCAAAACGGUGCACAACGUUUUGCUACGGUUUCCAGGUUGAACAAAAUGUUUUCUCGGUGUGAAACAAACUUUGAUCAUUUUUUCUCCCGUUUGGUUCAGCAGCGACGUGCUGAAAACUUGUGGUAGACUAUUAAAAAGGGAGUGUGAUGGCCCUGGCUCCUUUUCAGUUUAAAUUAACGUGCCCCUGUAAUGGGAAAAUUACAUUUCAGCAUGAUUUCUUUUAUAUUCAUGACUAUGUUACUUUUCCUCUUCUCUUAAUACAGGGGAGAGUUCUUUUUUGUGUUGACUUUACAUAACUGGAGACGCAAAGUCUGUAGUAGACAUAUGCUAGGGGCUCCAUGAGUUACCCGAUAGUUACCAGUGUAAGGUCACUCAUGUCCUAAACCAUUUUCUGUUCUGUGCCUUCCUUCUUCAGAUAAGGUUUAAAGCUAAACCAUAAACAACCAUAGAGUGUGUCGUCCCAAGGAUGUUCACUUUCCCCAGGAGCCAGAUAAACAGUGAAACAACACUGGAUUCCAAACUGGAGGCCCUGCAGUGCCACUUCACCUGGGAUCUGGAGAUGAGCAAGCCCAUACUUUUACAUUACAAAGACAAGCUGGAGGACAUCGGCACUGAGGAGGGGAACAGCUGGCUGGGUCACAUUUACAACCUGCGGGGGUUCAUUCAGUACAAGCUGGGGUUCACCGAAGACGCCCAGAGUUUCUUCAACAAGGCUGCAGAGGCCUUCAGCAAGAUAAGAAACGCAGAUGAGGGUCCCUGGUUGGUGGUGAACUACGGGAACCUGGCGUGGCUGCACCACCACCUGGGAGACCAAGCAGAGAGUCAGGCUUACCUGUCAAAGGUCAACGCCCUGAUGAAUAAAUACCCAUCUCCAUCCCAGGACGAGCUCCAUCCAGAGAUCUACGCUGAGAAAGGCUGGACUCUGUUGAAUUUCAAAAUUGUCAAAAUUCUGGCUGCAGAUUACUUCCAGAGAGCCAUCAGGAUGCAGCCGGGCAUGGUGGAGUGGAACAGCAGCCAUGCCCGAGCACUAGUGUAUGCCUCUGAUUACACAGAGCAGGAGGUUGACAUCUUGGAGAUUAUGAGAAUCGCCAAAGAACAGGAUCCAGAGAACUUGUACCUCGCUGCUCACUACUUAACUCUACGUGCUGACCACGGAGAAGAAAUCGAAGAUGAAGCACGUGAGUUAGCCAGAAAGGUUUUGAGAAAUCCUUUUGGCCUCUACAGUGGUGUUAGACCAUUACUACGGCUUUACAGUAUCUAUGUAUCUAUGGAUGAAGCCAUUGAUUUGGCAGAGGAGGCUCUGGGAAAACAUCCAGAUGAGCGUUACCUGAAGAAAUGCGUUGCACUCCUCUACCAAUGGAAAAUCUUCAGGGAGAGUCGCCCAGAUCAAGGCUUGAUAGACAGAGCAAUCAUUCUCAUCGAGGAGGUGAUUUCUCUUUACCCUCAUUCUUCAUUUUUUAGAAAAACAGAUCUUGCAGAAAUAUACGCAAUGUCAAACCACAGUCAGGACAAAGCUGAGCAGAUAUACCUUGAAAUGCUAGAAAGUGAUCUGGAACCUGCAGACAAACAGAUGGUUUAUAACUGCUAUGCAAAAUAUUUAAACUGUAAUCGACAGGAAUACCAAAGGUCAAUACAGUAUAACAUGAAAGUAGCAGCAAUACCGGUUCAAUCCCCUUAUCGCUGUAACAGCAUCGCAACUCUGAAGAAGAUGAAAGACAAAGGCCACAUGUGUAGAGAAAUAGAAGAGUUUCUGGAAAACCUGCAAGAGCCAUAGUGUUUUUAACAGCACUGGUUCUAAAUCCAGAAAAAAAUAUAAAGCAUUACCUGAAAUAAAACUGCACGUAUUUGUUAAUGUGAUUACUUCCAGGAAAGAUUUGUGGCAAUUGUGAACAAGAUUCUCAAAAUAAAACAUGGAAGUGAGAAACUUAUACCUGAGUCAGUCAAUUACACAAUUAAUUUAAAUAUAGCAUAUGUGGUCUUUCUAUUAUAUUCCUGUUGGGUUGAAUCAUUUUUCCUUUGCAUUGUAUUUGAAAUUAUAAUAAGAACUACUGUCUUAAGGAAAUUUGAUUUGCUGUAAGAAAAAUCAAACUGAAUGGUAAUGUAAUAGUUACUUUGAUUGUAUAACCUAAAUAAUGUCGGUAGAUGCAACUGAUUGUCAACCUGUGUCUCAGUUGUACACAAUACAAUAAAUAUGUACACUAAGAAA